CCUCAGGCAUGCUCGCUCCUCAGUGCGCACACUGACGAGGAGCAAACACCUCAUCUCCUUCAUCCUGCUCCUAUCUGUUCUAUUUCUAUCUCUCCAUCCUCCACUCUCUUUGGAUACCUCACCCCACCUGGCAGGAGGCAUACACCUCCACCUUUCGUCACCUUCCCUGAGAGUUGGAAGCGAUGGCCGGCUGAAGGGUCCACUUGUCACCGCUCAUCUAAGCCGAGGAGGAGCCGCCAGCUGUGGGACACGCGCCAUGGAUGUACCGCUACCCUGACAGUGGAGGGAGAAGAAGAAAAGUGGGACUUUGGUUCUCUUCUCUUCUGAAGAUGGACACGGCUUGAGGGUUGUGCUAGAACAGGAGCAUUUGGGUCGGAACCACAGCCAGGAGAGGAAAUAAUAAUGCACAGAGUGUGGAUCCUCCUUGUUCUCAUAGAAGAGGGCCUCGCUUUGGCACAGAGAACCAAAGACUCCCUGAGCGAUCAUGGCGGCCAGCAGAGCCCCAGCCAGAACGAGUGCGGGACGUGGGUCCGCAACAUCAACGGCGGCGUGUUCACCUCGCCAAACUACCCCAAAACGUACCCGCCCAACAAGGAGUGUGUCUACAUCCUGGAAGCGCUCCCCAGGCAGCGCAUCCAGCUGGCCUUCGACAAGAACUACUACAUCGAGCCGUCCUUCGAGUGUCGCUUCGACCACAUCGAAAUCCGCGACGGCCCCUUUGGCUUCUCGCCGCUCAUGGAGCGCUUCUGCGGCGGCAAGAACCCGGGCAUGGUCACGUCCACCGGCCGCUUCAUGUGGAUCAAGUUCACCAGCGACGAGGAGCUGGAGGGUCUGGGCUUCAGGAUCAAGUACACCUUCGUUGCAGACCCUGACUUCCAUCUGCAUGUGGGCGGACUGUUAAAUCCAAUCCCAGACUGUCAGUUUGAGCUCGGCGGCUAUGACGGCAUCAUCCGCUCCAGUCAGGUGGAAGAGGCCAAGCGAGUGAAGCCUGGAGACGCUCUGGAUUGUAUCUGGACCAUCAGGGCCCCGCCCCAGUCCAAGAUCUACCUGCGCUUCAUGGAGUACCAGAUGGAGCACUCCAACGAGUGCAAGAAGAACUUUGUCGCCAUCUACGACGGCAGCAGCGCCAUCGAGAACCUGAAGGCCAAGUUCUGCAGCACGGUGGCCAACGACGUCAUGCUGGAGAACGGCGUGGGCGUGGUGCGCAUGUGGGCCGACGAGAAGAGCAGACUCAGCCGCUUCCGCAUGCUCUUCACCUCCUUUGUGGACCCUCCCUGCUCAGCCAACACCUUCUUCUGCCACAGCAACAUGUGCAUCAACAACUCACUGGUGUGCAACGGCGUCCAGAACUGCGUGUACCCGUGGGAUGAAAAUCACUGCAAAGAGAAGCGAUCGAGGGGUCUCUUCCAUCAGAUCACCAAGACCCACGGCACGGUCAUUGGGGUCUCGUCCGGGAUAGUCCUGGUCCUUCUCAUCAUCUCCAUCCUGGUCCAAAUGAAGCAGCCCAGGAAAAAGGUCGUGGCCCGCCGGCCCGGCGUCUUCAACAAGGCGGGCCUCCAGGAGGUCUUCGACCCGCCGCACUACGAGCUCUUCUCCUUGCGUGACAAGGAGAUGUCGUCAGACAUGGCCGACCUGUCCGAGGAGAUGGACAGCUUCCACAAGGUGCGGCGCUCAUCCACCAUGUCGCGCUGUGUCCACGAGCACCACUGCGGCUCGCAGGGCUCGGUGGCAACGGGCGGCGGCAGCAUGAAGCACAGCCGCACCACCCUGAGCUCCAUGGAGCUGUCCUACCACAACGACUUCUCCAAGCCACCGCCCAUGAAGACCUUCAACUCCACCGGCACCUACAAGAAGAGCUGCUACGGCUACAAGCAGCACUCACAGACUCACGACUGCGACCAGCAGGUCAUCGAGGACCACGUCACCGAGGAGAUUCCCUGCGAGAUCUAUGGGCGAGGGGGAGCCACAGGCGGCAUUGGAGCGUCCGGCAUCGCGGGAGGAGGCAUCGGAGGAGCGGUUGGGAUCACAGGAGGAGUGGCCAUGGCCGGAGGAAUGGGCAUGGCAGGGGGGAUGGCGAUGGCGGGGCCCAGCGGCAUCGCAGGGGGCAUCGGCGGCGGGAUGGCGGGAGCCUGCGGCACCCUCACCAUCCGCGGGAACAGCUCUCGUAACAGCACCUCCGUGGUUGACCCCCAGCAGCGCUCCAUGUCCAUGGAUUUCUAGAUCUUCUCUUUGUGGAAAGCGGGACAUUCGCCGUCCUCAGAGACGACUACAAUGAAUCCAUGCAGAGACUUUCUCGACUUUUUACAUCCACUCACCUGCCAUGCACAAAUAUAUGACAUAUAUAAAUGUGUAUAUAUAUAUAUAUAUAUAUAGCGUGUCCUUCUAAUAAUUUAUUUCUUUAACUUUUUUGUCCGUGUUCCCUUAACUGUUGCAACCAACACUCAACAGCAGCCUCGUCACCAACGCUUGGCUUUUUUAACUCCCCUCAGAUGGUUGCUAGGUGGAUUUUACAACAAAAACAUGAAAAUCCUGGGCUCCCCGAAUGCCACAUUGCAACUUCACAGUGCUUUACCACAUACAGCCCGCUUUCUCUGGCCCCUAACAGCCGGUGGAUUCGUAAAAUUCGCACCCUUUCGCUUGGUAAAGCAACAAAACGCACGACGUGGCUCUCUCCUAUUAUCGGUGGCAAGAAUGUAAACAGGAAGAUGGUUUGGUUUCGGCACUAUAGACACAGUGCUAACAAACACAGCGACGGAAGGAGUUAAAUGUUGCUAACUUUAAUAACAACGUGGACAAUCUAGCAAUGAAUAGAGUGCACUUUAAGAGGAGGUGAUCCUUGUUUACAUGCUAACCGUAUACAUGCGAACUCAAACACGUGUUGCCAAGUCUCAUCUCAUACCUGACCAAGGCUCCAAGAGGGGAAAACUAAGUAGAGUUAAAGUAAAACGGACUAAAGUGCGCUAGCGCCCUCUUUUGGCUCUCGCCUGAGGACCGCAGUGUUACUGCAAGAGCAAACAACAUGGCUCGAAUGGUCUUCAUCGCACAAAUUGUACCUUUUAAGCUUUGCAGGACUGGACUCGGGAUGAGCACACCAAGAGACUCUUAUUUUGGUAAGAAAUAGAAACAUUUAUAAUGAAGGUAAUAUGAAGUGUUAUGAACAUUAUACUCCCCGCCUUGCCCCAAAAGAAGCUGUUCUUUUUGGAAUAUUCCCCCUUGUAAAAUGUAAAACAAGCACAACUCGCUUCCCAAGAGACAACGGGGCUCGUGAUGAUGACGACUUAACCACUGGUUGUAUUUCAUUCUGUUGGAUUAAAAAAGAAUUUACUCACCAAGCUG